AUGGAUUUGUUAUCAUCUGACAUGGAAAAUACGAAUAACUAUUUGGACACCCGAGAAACUUCGGAAACUUCAGAACAGCCCCCAACUGGGAUUCUGGCUGGUCGGAAGCCUGUCCUCAGUACAGAUUCAGCGACUUUGUUCGAUGAUUGGAAGACGCCGCUACUGUGGGCGAUCGAAAACCAACAGCACGCAUGCGCGGCGGAACUCAUGAACUGGGGUGCUCGGACGGAUACUUGUGAUAGGAGAGGAAAUACGGCACUGCAUGUGGCCUGUUUUGUCGGUGACCCAGAUAUGACACGACUCAUCUGCAAGCACACCAUGGAAUUGAACAGUUUAAACUCGGAUGGAUGCAGUCCCCUGCAUAUUGCCGCGAAACACGGGUUCCUCAAAACGGUUCGUGAACUUCUACUUGCCGGUGCAAACCCCGAAGUACGCAACAAGUCGAUUUCCCCUUAUGUUAUGUUCCACUUGAACCUAAACUGCAUGCAAUUCGGCAGAUAUACUCUUAUGCAAAUCCGUUUAGUAUUCACGGGCGACUCUCCUGAAUCUCUUGUGAAUAUGCUGCACAAAGGCCGCCUCUUGUUUCAGUUAGUAGGAUAUUCGAGAUAUCGCAAAAUUCACUCGAACUCAGCUGAAUCUCUCAUUUGUGAUGUAUUCAAACAACUGAAUGUGCUGCACCAGGCCACCUCAUGUUUCACUUGCUACAAUAUUCGAUGUCGCGAUAAAUGUAUAGUUCUGACCUGGCUAGAAAGCUACCGGAGACAUUCAGUGAUGCGGAUGACGAUGACUGCUUCAAGACUGAGUGGCAGAGAGUUAAAGAAGCUACGUUCUCAGCAUGAAGAACUGUCUGUUCAAGCCGUCCGACUUGACCAAAGGAACACAGGAUAUCAUCGAGAUAAGCAGAUCUUGUUGCUGCCAGAAAGGCCAUUCCAGCAACUAGCGAUUAGGAUGACGCACGCAUAUCUUACGAACACCGAAUAA